CAGCUGCCACCGAGCGCCCUGGAGCUGCUGAAGGACGUGCACCUGGGCCUGGCUCUGCCCUGCCGGAGUCCCACCCGACUGGCCCUGCUCUCGGGCCACUACCUUUACUAUCACUACGGCUGCGACGGGCUGGAUGACCGCGGCUGGGGCUGCGGCUACCGCACCCUGCAGACACUGUGCUCUUGGCCAGCGGGCCAGUCCUCGGGUGUGCCCGGGCUGGCAGCCAUACAGGCUGCCCUGGAGAGCAUGGGCGACAAGCCACCCGGGUUCCGGAACUCCCGGAGCUGGAUCGGCUGUGUGGAAGCUAGCCUCUGCCUCGAUCACUUCGGAGGACCUCAGGGGCGCCUGUGCCACGUGCCCCGUGGAGCUGGACUAAUGGGGCAACUGGAGCGACUCCACCUCCACUUCAUGGAGGGUGGCGGCCCGGUGAUGGCAGGAGGGGACGCAGAUGCCCAGUCCAAGGCCUUGCUGGGCGUCUGCGAGGGCCCAGCUCCCGAAGCCUAUGUGCUGGUACUGGAUCCGCACUACUGGGGCACUCCCAGAGACAGGAGCGAGCUGCAAGCCGCUGGGUGGGUUGGCUGGAGAGAGGUAAGCAGUGUCUUUGACUCCGAUUCCUUCUACAACCUGUGCUUGACCAGACGUGCCUGACAACGAACCCGCCUGCACACGGAGACACAGACACCCAGCCUGUGCUACCUACCCAGCAAGUUCUAGGCUAGCCAGGGUUACAGAGAGAGACUGUUCUGAAAAUAAUAAACUGGCAUAAUUCA